UAACUGCGCGGGGCCUCAGAGCAGCAGCAGCAGUAAUGGCGGACACAGAGCAGGUUGCGGAUCUCACCGAAAUCAAAGACGAAGAAACCGGCGAUUCUCCGGCGGACGAAUGCGAACAGGAGCCCGAGCAGAACCAAGACGACACGAAUGGCGACAAAACUGACACUGAGGACAAGUCGGAGUCCAAAGAGAAGAAUUCAGGGGGCCGCAAGUCGCACCGCUACCAUCCGUACAAAGAGCGAAGCGGCGGCGCAGACAAGAAGACCACCCACAGGAACCGGGUCUUCAUUAGCAAUAUCCCUUAUGAUAAGAAGUGGCAGGCAAUUAAAGAUCUAAUGCGCGAGAAAGUUGGUGAGGUUACAUACGUGGAACUCUUUAAGGAUGGAGAAGGAAAGUCAAGGGGCUGCGGUGUGGUUGAGUUUAAAGAUGAAGAGUUUGUGAAGAAGGCUAUUGAAGUAAUGAGCAAACAUGAUCUGAAUGGACGACCGCUCAACAUCAAAGAGGAUCCAGAUGGAGAGCAUGCUCGGCGUGUCCUCCAGAGGUCGGGCCGGAUGUACGGCGGUGGUCGAGGGCAGGAUUCAUCAGGAAUAAACAUUCCUCCAUCCAUCGCCAACAACCCCAACAUUCCCCACGAGAUCAUCAGCGCCCUGCAGGCUGGACGCCUCGGAGCCACCAUCUUUGUGGCCAACCUGGACUUUAAGGUGGGCUGGAAGAAGCUGAAGGAGGUGUUCGGGAUGGCCGGCACCGUGAGGAGAGCCGAUGUGAAGGAAGACAAAGAUGGAAAGAGUCGUGGGAUGGGGACGGUGACCUUCGAGCAGCCACUGGAGGCCGUUCAGGCUAUCUCAAUGUUCAACGGUCAGAUGCUGUUCGACAGACAGAUGCAUGUAAAGAUGGAUGAUAAAUCUCUUCCUCCUGAUGAUUUCCGGCCUGUCGAGAAGUCUCCACAGUUGCCCAGGGGUCUGGGUGGUAUCGGGAUGGGUUUGGGUCCUGGUGGCCAGCCAAUAAACGCCAACUGUCUCAGUGGAAGCUCGAUGGGACCUGGAGGGAUGGAUGGAGGAUGCAGCAACAUGAACCGCAUGAGUGGUAUGGGUGGAGGUUUCUCUGGGAUUGACUGUAUGGCUGGAAUGGGAGGAUUCAGUGGCAGAGACAUGUCCAUGGGCAGGAUGGGAGAUAUGUACCGCUCUGGAAUGGGAGGGAUGGACAGGGACUUCGGCAGAAAUGAUCUGGGAAUGAGCCGUUCAUUCGGAGACUCGUUCAGCAGUCUGGGUGGAGGAUUUGGUGGAAUGGGGAAUUCUGGGAUGGGACCCAUGGGCUCUGGAUUAGGGAUGGGGAACAUGGGAAUGGAUCGCAUGAACUCGGGUUUUGACAGGAUGUCUUCAAGCAUGGACAUGAGCCGCGGCUUCGGUCAGUUUGGAGGCUCGGGUUACAUGGGGGGAAUGAGUGACCGGUCUAAAGGUGGAUGCCAGAUCUUCGUCAGAAAUCUCUCCUAUGAUCUGAGCUGGCAAAAGCUGAAGGAGAAGUUCAGUCACUGCGGUCAGGUGAUGUACGCUGAAAUCAAGAUGGAGAACGGCAAGUCUAAAGGCUGCGGGACGGUGCGCUUCGACUCUCCGGAGAGCGCAGAGAAGGCCUGCAGGCUGAUGAACGGCACCAAGAUCAACGGCCGAGAGGUGGACGUACGCCUCGAUCGCAACGCGUAAACACACACACACACACACACACACACAUUGUCCAGCGUCUGCAGAGCCGCCGUUUGUUUUGUUUUAAAAACAGCAGGAUUCUCACACCUCCACACUCACAGCCGCUUUACUCCACCAGUUAGACGACCUUUACUUUCCUUUCCUUUUUUAAACAUUUUAAUUUGUAGGACGUUUCUCUCGGAUUACAUUUUAAGAAAAAUAAACAUCUGGCUGUUGUA